AUGGCGGAGGUACCGCCUGGGCCUAGCAGCCUCCUCCCACCCCCGGCACCUCCGGCCUCGGCGGCGGCGGAGCCCCGCUGUCCCUUCCCGGCGGGGGCCGCCCUCGCCUGCUGCAGCGACGACGAGGAGGACGACGAGGAGCACGAAGGCUGCGGCGGCGGCGGCGGCGGCAGGAGUCGGGCGGGCGGCGAGGCGACGGCGGCGGCGGCCAAGGGGCAUCCGUGCCUCCGGUGCCCUCAGCCGCCGCAGGAGCAGCAACAGCAGCUCAACGGAUUGAUCAGCCCCGAACUGCGGCACCUCCGGGCGGCCGCCUCGCUCAAGAGCAAGGUUUUCAGCGCGACCGAGGCGGCCACGGCCACGGCCACCCCCGACGGGGGCCCCAGAGCGACUGCAACAAAAGGAGCCGGGGUGCGCUCGGGCGAGAGCCCCCCUCGCUGCCUCCCCGGCCAUGCGAGAACUGCGCUCCCCAGCCCCGCGGAGCCGGCGGCGGCGAGCGACCCCGCGGCGGCCCGCAAUGGACUGGCGGAGGGCACCGGGCGGCAGCAGCUGGAGGAGGAGGAGGACGAGCAGGACGAGCAGGUGCGGCUGCUGUCUUCAUCCCUGACCGCCGGCUGCAGCUUGAGGAGCCCCUCCUCCAGCAGGGAGGCUCCUGAGCCCGAGGAGGACCGGACGAUACGUUACGUCCGAUAUGAAUCCGAGCUACAAAUGCCCGAUAUCAUGAGACUGAUCACCAAAGAUCUGUCUGAACCCUACUCCAUUUAUACCUAUAGAUAUUUUAUCCACAACUGGCCACAGCUGUGUUUCUUGGCCAUGGUAGGGGAGGAGUGUGUAGGUGCCAUCGUUUGCAAGUUGGACAUGCACAAAAAGAUGUUCCGCAGAGGUUAUAUAGCCAUGUUAGCCGUGGAUUCCAAAUACAGGAGAAAUGGCAUUGGUACUAACUUGGUUAAGAAAGCUAUAUAUGCCAUGGUUGAAGGAGACUGUGACGAGGUUGUUUUGGAAACAGAAAUAACGAAUAAGUCUGCUUUGAAACUUUAUGAAAAUCUUGGUUUUGUUCGAGAUAAGAGGCUGUUCAGAUACUAUUUAAAUGGAGUUGAUGCACUGCGACUUAAAUUAUGGCUGCGUUGAGAAACUGACAUCAAGAAACAACUCUCCAACCACUCAGAAUCGACCUUUGCAUGCAAUGCAAUUUGUACAGAAUUGCUUUGCAGGUGGAUUUAGUAAUUUCCAUGCAGUUCUUAUCUGUCAGUGUCUCAUUGAGUGUCGCACAACAUUUGUUGCACUUUGGCAUGGCGCAUUUGUUCUGAAUUAAAAGAGAUUGUUUUAAACUUAAAGAGUUUUUUUGGUACCAACAAGAUGUGCCAGUUGAUUGCCAAGAUUUGUUUGUUCAUUUGCAAAAGUCUGCUGACAAUGUAAUUAAUAACAAAGUGAUCAUUUUACCACAGAACCAGUAAGUGGAACAUGAUUUUUGUUCCUUAAAAAAGCCAAUGUAGAUUGUAAAAAUCUCUAAGUAGACUAACAUUUCACAUAAAACCUGCCAUAGUUUUCUGAAGGAGGUAGGGGGGAAAGCUUCAAUUUUAGGUUUUAUUUUUUUCAAUAUUAAAUUUUCUAUUCUUGAAUAUUGGUACCUCAGUGAUUAGUGAAUGAAAAAUUUAGGGUUGGUUAUGUCUUACAAUGAGUAAAGAUAACAAUUAAAUUGCUUCUGCCAGUGUUUGUGUAGAUAAGUAUAUUUGUCCUCAUCUCUAGUUUUUUAAUGCAUGCUACCUUUUUCUUUUCUUUUUUUAAGGCCUUUGCAAGCAAACUUUUUUUUUAAUUUAAAUUCUAAAUUUGAUAAUAAAUUAUUUCAGAUUUUAUAAUUUGGAUACUUUUUCCAGGUGAGUGACAGAGUGGUUUACUUUACAGAAUAGAAGUUGAAUUUACUCGGAAAAUCUUUGAGAAAUGGCUCCAAAGGGGAUGAGAAAGUUGGUGGAGCUGGGAAUUGCUGGGUUUUGGAUGCACUUUUUUCUUGAGAGAGAGGGAAUUUUUGGAAAAGAAUAGAAAAUUAAUGUAAACUGAUAUGAUUUUAUUUAAUCAAAAUUAUUGCUAAGCUGUGAAGAACAGCUUUUACAAUGUAGGUGGAAGUUUUUUCCCACUUGAUUAGGACUCACAUUGCUUUCAUUUCUUGAAAUGUUUCACUUUUGGUUCUUGGUCUUUUAAGGUGCAUUGUAUCCACUUUAAACCGAUUUUAUUUACUUUCCACUUAUUUGAGCAAAUGCUUGGGGCAACUUUGCUUAGUUCCUAGAAAAACAAAAGUGAGAAUUGGAAUUUUUUUUUUGGAAUGAGUUCUUACGGGUUUUCAAUAGCCAUCACUAUGCUCAUAAGUUAAGUUGUGUUUUGGCCAGUCUGUGCACUAUAACAAAUUUUAAAAUAAAUUAUCCAUCACAGGAAACCUGUGAUGGAUAAUUUAUUUAGCUGGAAAACCUAGGUACCCAUGGGAAAAAAAAUUCAUUCUCUGUGAAAAAUGUUUUAUAGGAAUCUAUGCUUUUUUUUUUCUCUUUCAUUUGGAUAUGCUUUACUUCUCUAGUAUUUGGUUUGAAUUUUAUUUUAUGACUAUGAUUACUGUAUUUUUUUAAAACCCUACCUCCAUUAACAGUUGGUAAAAGCCCCCUUUCAGGAAAGUUUGUUGUCCUUUUUAUUAUUAUUUUUUUUUUUUAAAGGAAAGCUGCUCUUUGCUCAGUGUAAUGUCUUGAAAGUGAACAUGAUAACAAGUACUUUUAAAAUAAAGAUAAACAGAUUUGGUGAAAAUAAAUCUUUCUGCUGGUGGGAUCAUUUAUAGUUCCUUAUUAUUAAAGAAACCUUUUUCUUUCUAUUUUAUAUUGCUCUUGAAAGUUUAAUGGGCAGAAUACUGGUGACAUUAAAAUAUAACCACACAAUAUUCAGCUUUUCAGUUGACCAUUUUGAGUAUCAUUUUGGUCAAACUUCAUUUGGGUGGGCUCUAGCAUUUAGAGGAUUACCAAUUGUGAUACUUCUUGUUAUUUAUAAUAUGGAGGGAACUGAACCAAAAAGAAAAACAGUACAGUACUUACAUCACCAGAUUUUCUCUCACCACUUUAUAUUUGACUUGCUGGUUCAUAGGUAAUGAUUAUUGACGAACAUACAUUUGCUUGACUCACAGAAGGGGACAGUUCUAAAGUAGACACAUGCUGGAUUUUCAGUUCAACAAUUAUGUUUUUGGCAGGUUGUCAAUGAAACCAUUACUACUGACCCUUCCCCUCUGAAUUGACUAAGUUUUGCCAAAUUGACUGGGUAUUUAUAAAUAUGACCAUAGUCAUGUGAUAAAAAGUCAUAUGGUAGUUAUUAUUGUUUGACUAGUUUAGGUUAAAUAACAGUGUCUACUUUAUGUCUUUAAUUGAGUAUGCAAAAAUUGUUUACUUAAGUAGACUAAAAUUUUAACUUCUAACAUGAUAACCAAAAUUAAUUUCUAUUUCAAUUAAAAGGAAUCAAACAUUAAUUUACUUUUUGAUAUUGGGCUUUUAUUUUUCUUGAAUAAUUAAAAAAUUCCAUUUAAAAUGGAUGAGUGAGUUCACUUGGCUAAACCUGAGCAAAAUUGGUGCAACUUUCUUUUAAAGGGGUGCUGCCUCUUUAAGACUGACUGUGCUAUCCACUGACACUGGUUUGGCAGUUAAUAUUGCUGAACAUUUUUUAUACAAGCUACCAUGAAGCUAUAUAUGUUAGUAUUGAAGAAGCUAACGGGUAUACUACCAUUUUUGAUGUGUGGACUGAUUACAAUUUCCAUUAUGUUAAAAUAAAACUAUUCAAGAGUAAUCCACAGGUCAGUAAUCAGACAAUAGUUUUUGAAGUUGAAGCCAGCAAAAUUAAAAUAAGAAAAAAUAUUAAAAAUUUGGUUAAUAUUUUCUGCCUCUUCCCCGAAUCACCCUCUCCACUUGCUUGACAAAUCUUUGUAAAGGAGUUUGUUUGUCACAUGUUUUAACUUUACCUUGCCCUGUGUUAUGGUAUUGGCUGACAUGUAUAAGACUGGAUGUGUAUAUUAUGGUGUCUACGAAUCAUGAAAUUCAUCACUUUUCAGGGGCAUAGAUAUAAUAAAAGCAAAUUGGUAGUGCAUCAGAGUUACUUUUCAAUGCACCAUGACAUCACUAAAAUGAGUGCUAAAAUGUUACAGGGCUUUCAGGUUUGUAAAAACAUAACUAUAAAUUAUAUUGACGUCAGAUAUGAGUUGAGUAUAAAAUAUCACGUGUAUCUCAAAAUAUUGGACUGCUGUUUGAUGACUGGAUAUUGCUGCAUAAUUUUCUCCUAUUGUCCCAUAUCCUUUUGGAGAGAGAGAUUUAAUGGGAUUUAAAUGUGCAAGCUGUCUAAAUAAGAUGCAGUCAAAUAAAGUAUGGUUACGUUG